AUGACCAACAACAGUGCCUCAUCCUCGGCCCUUCUGCAUGCUAUGCUAGCCUAUUCUUCCCUCCAUCAGCAUGGCAUGAGCGAAACAGCUCUGAAGUUCAAAGUUCAGGCACUCCAUUUACUAUCCAACUCCGCCGAAGAUGAAGAACUGUCCUUGGUGAAUGCUUCCCAGCACGUGGCUGCUUCCAUGCUGCUUGGGUCAUUCGAGACUCUACGCCCUUCUGAGAGCUCAGGCGAAUGGCUGUGGCAUAUUUGGGGCGCUGUGGAUGUCAUUCAAGCUACUCAACUCCACGAUCAUUCCUCUGAGGGUGAAACCUACGCUCUCAUUGACUGGGUCAACUAUCAUCAUACGCUCUCACGUUUUAGCACGCAACACUGGCGACACAAAGCACUGGCUCAAAAGACGUUCAUCAAACCAAUCCAACGCUCCGGUCUCGUAGCCACAUCCCAAUUAUCGAUAUACAAACCUAAUCACCCUUCUAUAGAUCCAGCGGCUUCUAUAAUGGGCCUCCUUUUUGAGGCAUGCGAUAUUUUAGUGGAUCCAAAAGAUCCCAAAAGCCACAGCCCAGAAUAUCGCAACUCACUCCAACGGCUCGAGGCGCAGGUCGACGAUCUCAUCGCCAGCCCGAUCCCAAAUGAUCUAAAUCCCGAAAGCGCAGUUGCCUUAGAACUAUAUCGCGUAGCGACACGCAUAUACAUAGCACGCGCUUCACAGAGUUCAUGGGAAGCGCCCGCUCUUCUAGACUCGCUCAUAGAUACACUGUUUGACGGACCAGUGGCAUCGUGUACCUGCAUCCACUUCUUUCCUCUGCUGAUUCUCGCAUGUGAAUCAAGGAGAGACGAUCAGCGGGUGGCGGUUCUUAACUUGAUUGACAGAACACAACGGGAUGCACGGAUAAGAAGUAUGAAGGCUGUGACCAAUGCUAUUCAGGCUAUUUGGGUGCAGCAGGAUCUUCAUGCUGAUGAUGAGGUGUUGGUGAAUUAUAUGGAUCUUCUCAGUAUUGGGAUGAGCUCAAAUAGCACUAUACCAUCGUUUGCAUAA